AUGCGCCCAAAUCCUUUGUGGGAAGCACAACUUCUUGACAAAGAUGAAAAUCCGCAAUGUGUUUAUGAUAUUGCCAUAAAACCUGAUGGAUCUAUGAUAAUCAUUGCUUCUGGUACAAAGCUUUUAGUAUAUGAUCCUGAUGGAAAGCUUAUACAACCUUUGAAAGGGCACUCGGGUACAGUGUACUGUGUUGGUUUUUCUAAAGAUGGUUUAAGAUUUGCAUCCGGUGGAGCUGACAAGCAAGUGAUCAUAUGGACCUGUAAGCUGGAGGGAAUCUUGAGAUAUUCACAUCAUGAUGCAGUCCAGUGCCUGGCAUAUAACCCUGUUUCUGAUCAACUUGCUAGCUGUGCUUUUAGUGAUUUUGGAUUAUGGUCGCCAGAGCAGAAGAGUGUAUCAAAACAUAGAAUAGGUUCACGUGUUUCAAGCUGCAGCUGGACAUCUGAUGGUAUGAUACUAGCACUUGGUCUUGUUAGUGGUUGUAUAUCUUUACGUGCCAGGAAUGGGGAUGAAAAAGUGAAAAUUGAAAGACCAGGUGGUUCAAUAGUUUGGUGUGUUUCUUGGAGCCCAGUAAAGGAUAGCAAUGGAGACCAAGUACUUGCUGUUGCAGACUGGAAUCAGACUUUAUCCUUCUAUAAUGUUUCUGGAAAACAGAUUGGCAGAGAAAGAGCUCUUGGUUAUGAUGCACUGAAGUUAAGCUACUUUUCUAAUGGUGAUUAUAUUUUGAUAAGUGGUGCAAAUAAGAAGUGCUCAUUAUAUACUAAAGAAGGAGUAUUUGUUGGAUUUAUUUCUCAGCAAGACUCAUGGGUUUGGUGCUGUGCUGCAAGAGAUGAUUCCACCCAAGUGGCCAUUGGCACCCAGGAUGGAAUUGUUGCUUAUUAUGAUGUUGGAUUUUCAACAGUUCAUAGCCUUUAUCGUGAUCGGUAUGCAUUUCGUCAAAACAUGACUGAUGUAGUUGUUCAGCAUUUAAUAACUGAAGACAAAGUUGUUGUAAAAUGUAGAGAGUUGGUCAAAAAAGUAGCAAUUUAUAAAGAACGUCUAGCAAUACAAAUGCCAGAAAGAAUCAAUAUUUAUGAAGUUUCGAAUGAUUCUUCUGAUAUGCAUUACAAAAUCAAAGAAAAGAUCAACAUGAAAGUGGAAUGCACAUUAUUAGUUGUUUGUGCUGAGCACAUAGUUUUAUGUCAGGAAAAAAUACUACAAUGCCUUAACUUCAAUGGUAUUUUAGAAAAGGAGUGGAUUAUGGAUGCUCUGAUACGCUACAUCAAAGUGAUUGGAGGUCCGGUCGGUAAAGAAAGUCUACUUGUUGGUUUAAGAAAUGGUCAGGUUAUUAAGAUAUUUGUUGACAAUGCAUUACCUGUUCCUCUAUUAAAAAUUGGUGCCUCAGUUCGAUGUUUGGACCUUUCUGCAAAAAGGAAAAAAUUAGCAGUUGUUGAUGAGAAUAAUACAUGCAGUGUAUAUGAUCUAACCAAUAAUUCCUUACUGUAUCAAGAGCCUUGCUCAAACAGUGUUGCUUGGAAUAAUCAUCAUGAAGACAUGUUAUGUUUUACAGGUGCUGGAUUUAUUAAUAUAAAAGUGGAAAAUUUUGUCGUUCAACAACAAAAGUUUCAGGGUUUUGUGAUUGGCUUUUGUGGUGCAAAAGUUUUUUGCUUGCAUUUCAAUUCCAUUUCUACACUUGAUAUCCCUUUAUCUGCGUCUAUGUAUCAAUAUAUGGAAAAGAAAAUGUUUAGUAAAGCAUACAGAGUAGCGUGCCUUGGAGUAACUGAUGGAGAUUGGCGAGCACUUGCGGAAACUGCACUUCAGAAUUUAGAUUUCGAAAUUUCUCGGCAAGCAUUCAUACGUAUUAAGGAUUUUUUGUUCUUGAAACUGAUUCGUAAGCUAAAGCCUCUUAAGAAGAAUGAUGUCAACAAGCAGUACUCAUUAUUAGGAGAUAUAUAUGCGUAUCUCGGAAAAUUCAAUCUUGCAGCAAACUUUUAUCGUAAAGCUAAAGAGGAAGAGAAAGCAGUUGUCAUGUUUACAGAUUUGAGAAUGUUUGACAGGGCGCAGGAGUUCAUAUCUUCUGCCGACACUGAAGAGAAAAAGGCUAUUGUUCUUAAGCAAGCUGACUGGGCUAAAAGUCUUAAUGAAUCAAAAGCAGCAGCUGAACUUUAUCUUUCUAUUGGAGAGACAGAGAAGGCUGUUGAGUUAGCAGCAGAAAACAAUUGGGGUGACAUGUUAAAGUCAAUUGCUAAAAAAGUGGAUUUAACAGAAAGAAAAACACUUUUAAUUAUUGGAACUCAAUUAAAACGACUUCAAGAAUAUGGUGCAGCAGCAGAAAUUUUCCAUAAAGUUGGCGAUAUUCCUUCACUCAUUGAUAUGAAUGUUGAAUCAAAAAAUUGGAAAGAGGCAUUUGAGCUUGCCAAGCAGCAUCCAGAAUAUAAAGUAAAUGUCUUUGUCCCUUAUGCAAAUUGGCUUGCAGAAAAUGAUCGGUUUGUGGAUGCUCAAAAAGCUUUUUAUGCUGCCGGAUGUGAAGAUCAAGCUGUGAGUGUACUGGAAAUGCUAACAGAUAUCGCUGUAAAUCAGAAAAGAUUUAAGGAAGCUGGCUAUUAUUACUGGAUUCUUUCGAUGCAGAGUCUAAAAAGUGCCGCUGAUAUUCAAGAUGAUUAUGUGGCUCAACAACGCUUGAAAAAAUUCUGGUGUGAACAAUUUGCAGCUGAAGUGUAUUAUGCAUAUAGUCAUAUUUAUAAUUAUUUGGAAGAACCUUUUACUAUGCAAAAUACAGAAACACUGUUCAAUAUUGCCCGAUAUUUAUGGUUGCAAUUAGUUAAAAUUGAUUUGCCUGGAAUUUCAAAAUUCCGCAUUUAUUAUGCAGCUGCUAAACAGAGUUCUGCAAUGAAAGCUUAUAAACUUGCAAGAACUGCCUACCAGCAAGCCAGUAUGUAUCGCAUUCCAGAAAGAUUUAGUGAUUUAAUUGACUUAGCAACAAUGCAUGUUCAUGCAAAGCCUUUUUCAGAUUCUGAGGAAGUCCUUCCUAUGUGUUACAAGUGUUCUACCAGUAAUCCACUGAUCAAUAAGCAAGGAAACAUUUGUUGUAAUUGCCAACACCCAUUCGCAUACUCGUUCAUUUCAUUUGAAAUAUUGCCUGUAGUUGAAUUCUUCUUAGAAGAUGGAAUUACUGAUGAAGAGGCUUACAAACUGCUUUCUAAAACUCCAAGAGCCCAUAUGGAGCAAAAUAUGAAAGUGGGAGGCCCUGAUAUUCAAUGCAUGAAGCUGGAUGAGGAUCCUUUUACUUUCUCUGAAAGAGAAGAUGAUAUUUUUUCUUAUGAUACUGCAGCUAAUGAGCAAAGGACUUUGUCUUUGAAUCGCCAGGAUUUGAUCCACACAAACUUUUCAGAGGUAGUGAUUUGUAAAUGGCCUCCACCUUUGAGAACACAGUAUUAUAAGAAUGUUUUACCAAGUGUUCAAAUCACUAGGUGUCCAUCAUGCAAUAAGCUUUUUCACAGUGAUGAUUAUGAGCUUGAACUUUUGAAAAAAAACUGCUGUCCUUUCUGCAGAAUUACUGUUGAAGAACUUGAAGCAUCUGAUGACUGA